CUUUACGCAAAACAGAUGUUGAUGUGCGGUUUAUGUAGUGGAAAGUAUAUAGCAAACAAUAUACAUAAAGUUCUAUUAUAAUAUUAUAUAUUGCAUUUCAAAUUAAUUAUAUGCUUUUAUUUGGCUAAUUUUGAUCUGUUAGCUGGGGAGGAGGAAGUAGAUGAAACUAAGGAGCUGUUGAACGCAACAUUAACUUCGUUGACUUGCACGUCAACGCUAGCGUUGUGACAAGUAGCCUAGCUAGGUUACUGGGGUGAAAUGACAAGUUGUAAGCCUAGCUUGCUUACAUCUUGCCUAGCUAGUCAUUUCCGUGGCUAACGGAACAGCGUUGACGGCCUGAUAGUUCUAAGCUAGCAGCUUCACUGUGUUUAAUUACUUGAAAGAAACUUAUAUAUGACUCCAAAAUGGUUGUGGACGACGUCCAGUUCCUGAAUAUUCUCAAGGGAAAACGCAUCAAACUGACCCUCAAGAGUUCAUCUUACCUUGGCGUCGUCCAACGUAUCAAUCCCAACAAAACGUUGAUUUUGGCGGACGUUGUUAGUGGCAGUAAUGGCUGUAAAUUUCCUGGCUCAAAAAUGUUCUUCGGGCAUGAGAUUCUGAAUGUGGAAUUUACCAAUGAAGCAAACACUAACAGUGGAAAUAUACAUGACCACAGAAUUGAAGAGCACUUGAAUGUGAAAAAGUUUCAGCCAUACAGGAAGACAGUCACAUUGGAUGAUGAUGAAGAUGAAGAAGAGUAUAUCAACUUUGAAGUCAUUGAUGAGUUUCAUGAGAAGUUUGGACCUGCUGUGAUGCACAUCAGGAAGCAGCGUGUGAUUGGUGUGGGAGCUGAUGGAGUUGACGUAUUUAAGCAUGGGAGACUGUGUUGGCUGCAGAUUGCCACUAAAAACAAGGUAUACCUAUUUGAUAUCCUGUUACUUGGAGCUCGGGCUUUUAAGAAUGGUCUCUCCAUGAUCCUUGGAAGUAAGCACAUACUAAAGGUCAUUCAUGACUGCAGAGCCAUUGCUGGAUGUCUGAUUGCUCAGUUUGGAGUAAAGCUAACCAACGUCUUUGACACACAGGUGGCAGAUGUCAUGUGCUUCUACUCAGAGACAGGAGGUCUUCUUCCCAAUAGAGUCAGUACUCUGCAGGAGGUGGUGAGUCUCCAUCUGAAGGUGCCCUCCUCCCAGCUCUUAUCCCUUCAGAUGAAGUCACAGCUCACCAUGGAAGAAAGGGAGAUGUGGCACAAGCGGCCCUGUCCUGUACCACUGCUUAAGGUGAUGGCUCUGUCAGUGAUCCACCUUCAGCCUCUCAGACUAGUGCUGCUGGAUACUCUCAUGACAGACUACAUGGCCCUGGUGGAUUCAUACCUCAACAGCAGCCUCUACAAACCUGAUGAAUUAGAGCAUGUCAGCAUGGAGAGCGUGUUGGAGUUGCCCAAAGAACUCAGGCAGCUAGAGAAAAUGUGUCGUGAGCGGCAGGAUAGGGCUGCCGAACACUACCCUGUCACAGAGGAAGGUCUGCUGGCUCGUUUCAACCCCCGUACUCAGUCUCCAUCCCAGACCUCACCUGCAGCACAGGAGCAUGGCCAGACUUCCUUUGGACCUGCAAAUGUGGAAUCACCUUCCUCAACACAAGUGGACCUUCUCCUUCACAAGCCACCCACAAGCCCUCCGAGAGUCACCAAUGUUUUGUCUGUGGAUGUCCAUGCCUCCCCUGACCCAGCAGCUUCAGUCCCAGCCACUGCGUCAGCGCUCAGGAAACGAAUGUCUAUUAACAGUCCCCCGUUUCUAGGUGUAGGCAGAGGGAGCAGAGAGGUACUGAUGGACACAAUAGGUAGAGGAAGGCCCUUUGGGAAAGAGCAGUCAUCCGUCCCGGUCUUACCCGCUAUAGGAAGAGGCUUCCUUCUCCAGAUAUCACAAGCUCAGAUCCGCAGAGAGAGCACUGGGGACAUGGAAACUCCUGGUAGGAUGGGGACAGCUUCUUCAUGCCCCAACCAUACGCUUACCCAAGAAGCAAUGUCCCAGUGCUAAUGAUCUGCCAAAGGACACUUCUGGCUUGAGAGGAGACCAGUCCCUCUCAUCUUCACUGAGGUAGUCCUUCAGGUCUUUCAGAUAUUAAAGGAGGUGUUACAAAGCCAUACAAGGACAAGUCUUACCAAAGUUUGCUUUUCCAUUGUUUGUGAUUUCCUAGUAUGACCAGAAGAUGGCAGUAAAUAUUCUGUUUUGUGCAAAGGUUUCUUUGAUACCAGGUGUUUGUGAAAAGUCUUCUGUUUGGAAAAAGAAGAGAAAAAGAUUUUGUUGUUUGGACGUUGCAUGCCAGUUUAAUUAAAUAUAUUUCUAUUGUUUGUGACCAAACGUA